GUGUGUGUGUGCGUGUCCAAAUGAUCUCCCUGUCUUGCUUUUUAUUUACCUUUGUGGGGGCCCUCCACACAGGAAGCCAGCGGGUGUGCGGAGAUCAACAGGGACUUGUCCUGCUGAGAUUGAUAUAAACACCAGAUGGUCGAGGUUGGAGGGUGUCAUCACAUCGGAGAGGGGAUUAGAGGAGAGAGGUUGUCUUCCAGGAGCUGUGUGGUCCUCCCUAUUCCUGCCUCCUCACCGCCAUCAAGUCCUCUAUGAGCGCAGGGAACACUCGCAGGAUUCCUUUUGCUGCGCGCUGCCCUGUCAGCUCCCCUGCUUCUUUUCUCUGCUUCGCCCCUGGAGCCAGUGAACCCAUUCAGCCUCUGCCAGCGCUCCCCUCCUCUACCCAUGCAUGUGUGUGUGUACCAACUUGGCCAUGUGCCGCCGCUGCUGCUAGCCUCCGGUCGCGUUGGCGCUCAACCGCCGUGUGCGUGGAUGCAGGAUUCCUCGGACCGACGGCGUCACGUGACCAGCGUUACCUGCUUUUCCGAGGCCAGUUCAGCCGAGUUUGUCUGCAACCUGCAGAGCUUUUUGGGAUGAUCUGCAUUCUAUCGGCUUGCCAAGGAAUGGAAGCCUUUGGAAGGGUGACAGCAGUAGGGUGUGAGUGAGCGGGCCGGGUGGACCUCCCUCUCCUCAACUGGACUAACCGCUCCCCAAAUAUCCAUCUCGGACAAAAAUGCUGCCGCGGUGGCUGUCCUGCUUGGCGCUCCUCUCGUCUCUGGCCUGGGCUCCGGGCACCUCCGCCUACGCCACCACCCGGGCUCAGGGCCUCAGGGGCCGCAUCCAGAGGGACCGCCGGAACAUCCGACCCAACAUCAUCCUCAUCAUGACUGACGACCAGGAUGUGGAACUGGGCUCUCUGCAGGUAAUGAACAAAACCCGCAAGAUCAUGGAGGAGGGCGGCACCACGUUCACCAACGCCUUCGUCAGCACGCCCAUGUGCUGCCCGUCGCGCUCCUCCAUGCUGACCGGCAAGUACGUCCACAACCACAACACCUACACUAACAACGAGAACUGCUCGUCGCCCUCCUGGCAGGCCCAGCACGAGCCGCGCUCCUUCGCGGUCUACCUCAACAACACCGGCUACAGGACAGCAUUCUUCGGCAAGUACCUCAACGAGUACAACGGCACCUACAUCCCGCCUGGGUGGCGGGAGUGGGUCGGACUGAUCAAAAAUUCCCGCUUUUACAAUUACACCGUCUGUCGGAACGGCUACAAGGAGAAACACGGCGCAAAUUACGCCAAGGACUAUUUCACCGACCUCAUCACCAACGAUAGCGUCAACUUCUUCCGCAUGUCCAAGAGGAUGUACCCGCAUCGUCCGGUGAUGAUGGUCAUCAGCCACGCCGCCCCCCACGGCCCAGAAGACUCGGCACCGCAGUACGCUGAGUUUUUCCCCAACGCCUCCCAGCACAUCACGCCCAGCUACAACUACGCCCCCAACAUGGACAAGCAUUGGAUCAUGCAGUACACGGGCCCCAUGAAGCCCAUCCACAUGGAGUUCACCAAUUUCCUCCACCGCAAGAGGCUGCAGACGCUCAUGUCGGUGGAUGACUCCGUGCAAAAGGUUUACGACAUGCUGGAAGAGACGGGCGAGCUGGACAACACAUACAUCAUCUACACCGCCGACCACGGCUACCAUAUCGGUCAGUUCGGGCUGGUCAAAGGCAAGUCCAUGCCGUACGACUUUGACAUUCGCGUGCCGUUCUUCCUGAGAGGGCCCAACGUGGAGUCCGGUGCAGUAAAUCCUCAUCUAGUGCUCAAUAUCGACCUCGCGCCUACCAUCCUCCACAUUGCUGGGUUAGACACGCCUUCGGACAUGGACGGAAAGUCCAUCCUGAAGCUACUGGAGCAGGAAAGGACCGGCAAUAGAUUCAAACCCAACCGGAAACCCAAAGUCUGGAGGGACACAUUCCUUGUCGAGCGAGGGAAGAUCCUGAGGAAGAAGGACGACUCUGCGAGCACCCAGCACACCAACAGCCUGCCCAAGUACAUGAAGGUGAAGGAGACGUGCCAGCAAGCCGAGUUCCAGACGCCCUGUGAGCAGCCGGGACAGAAGUGGCACUGCGUGGAGGAGAUCACAGGCAAGUGGAGGAUACAGAAGUGCAAGGGCGGCUCCAAGGAGGGCCCCCGGAAGAGGGCCCGCAGCCUGAGGCCCCGCAGCAGCUACGACACCCAGGAGAGGGGCUGCGACUGCACCGACGCCCCCUACAAGGCCUCCCGGAUGGAGCGGCGCUCACACCGGCAGACCUCACCCGGCCUGCGUUAUCGUCCGCGUUUCGUGCACACGCGGCCCACCAGGUCUCUCUCGGUGGAAUUCGAGGGGCAGAUUUACGACGUAGACCUGCACGCCGACGACCAGAGCGCCGUCCGCCGCCGCGCCAUCGCCAAGCGCCACCACGCGCCCGCGGAAGACGCGGACUUUGAUUCUGACUCGGACGACGGCUCCGAGGAGAUGCUGGCGGACGACACCAACGCGGUGGGGUACCCCAAGUCCCUGAAGGUCACCCACAAGUGUUACAUCCUGAUGAACGACUCGGUCCACUGUGAGAGGGAAAUCUAUCAGUCGUCCACGGCCUGGAAGGACCACAAGAGCUACGUGGACCAAGAGAUCGAAGCACUUCAAGACAAAAUCAAAAAUCUGCGGGAGGUCCGAGGCCAUCUGAAGAGGACGCGGCCAGACGAUUGUGACUGUGGAAAGAAAAGUUUUUACAGCAAAGGGGACAGAAGCAAGGCCGCGAGGCUGAAGAACAGGAACGAUCAACUGCAUCCGUUUAAGGAGGCGGCGCACGAACUGGACAGCAAGGCACAAAUGUACAACGAAAUCCGCCGUCGCAAAAAGGAGCGCAAGGAGAAGAAGCGUAUGAGGAAGGGCGAUGACUGCAGCCUGCCGGGCCUCACCUGCUUCACGCACAACAACGACCACUGGCAGACCGCCCCCUUCUGGACACUGGGCGGCUUCUGCGCAUGCACCAGCUCCAACAACAACACCUACUGGUGCCUGAGGACCAUCAACGAGACGCACAACACACUCUUCUGCGAGUUCUCCACCGGCUUCCUGGAGUACUUUGACCUCAACAGCGAUCCCUACCAGCUGACCAACGCCGUGUACGAGGUGGAUCGCGACGUAUUGAACUCGCUUCACGGCCAGCUGAUGGAGAUGAGGAGCUGCCAGGGUUACAAGCAGUGCAACCCCAGACCCAAAGGCUCAGACGCGGCGCACUCUGGGACGGACGACAGGGUUAAACUGCCCAACCUGACGGACGAGGACGUCAACUGGCAGCGACUGGAGGAUUUGUACAGCAUCAACGAAAGCCUUUACGACUGGAGGCCCGACUACAGCCCGGGACCGGACGACUGGGCCAACUUCCGCAAGGACGUGGACCGCCUCUUUGCACCGGCGCCCCUUUUCGACCAAUCCGGCCCGACCCCGAUGUUGGACGAGCUGGGCUCUGGGGGUGGAGGCUUCGAAGCGGGCAGCGGCGAUGCGGCUAGGAAUGUCUGGCCCGGGGGCGUCCUCACCCGGGUCUUCGUGCACAGCGGCGUACCCGGCGCUACGCCAACACCGACAUCGGCGUCCUCGCUUCAGAAGAAACCAGAUCCCAUUGUCAACGACCUUCCCGAGAGGCAGACGGUCCGAGCCCAGGGCGUCUUCCUCUGGGGCGUCCUUCCCGUGGGCAGCUUACCCAGCUCCAGCCUAAUGCCAACACCCUUAUCCGUGCCCUCGCUGCAGAAGAAACCAGAUUACGUCGUCGAGGAGCUUUUGACGAGGCAAACGAAUCGACCCCAAGAGCCACGGGGGCGACUCCGGGGCGUCUUUCCGGGGGCCGUCCUUCCAAGUGCCGUCGGCCGAACGCCGACACCCUCAUCCGAACCUUCACUGCAGAAAAAAACAUAUCCCGUUGUCGACGACCUUCCCGAGAGGCAGACAGUCCCGCCCCGAAGCGUCUUUCCCUGGGGCGUCUUGCCCAGGCCCGGCCUGACGCCAACACCCUCAUCCAGACCCACACUGAGCAAGAGACCAGAUUCCGUUGCCAAAGACCAUCCUGAGAGGCAGACAGACUGGCCCCAGGGUGGCAUCCCCAUGGGCGUCUUGCCCAGCUACGUCCCCUCGUCCGCUCCUAUCCUCAAGAAAAACCCGCAUUCCGUUGUCGACGACCUCCCCAAGAGGCAAAGAGAGGUUCCGGGGUGGAACGCCGGGCCCCGGGUGCGUCAGCUGGAGGAGCUGGACGGGGACACGUUCAGCGGCGAAGGCCCGACCGAGCUGGACACGCGACACGACGCCCUCCUGCGCGCUCACAAUGCCCCGGAGCCCCACCCGAGCCACGUAGAGUGCGCCGCCCCUCGCCCCGGCCCCAGUGAUAAUACCGACGAGGGGGACAUUUUCCAGGACCAAGGCUUCCUCCCUCUGAGGCCCAACGUGAGGCCCGGCUCCACCGGGCGCCCCACCCGCCGGCCCGCCCCGCCGCCCCUCACGUUGGUCUACGAGGGCAGCGGCUCUCUGCCUCGAACGAGCGAUCCACAACUCUGACAAGACACGUGACUGACACCUCAGUCAUUCAGACUUUAAAAGUUAUUUUUUUACAUUAUUAUUAAUGUUAUUAUUAUAUUAGUAGCUGACAGUGUUAAGGUUUUUUUAAUAUAUAUAUAUAUAUAAAAGCCUUAAUGCAGCUAACUGUUGGGAUUGGUAUGGAAUAAUUCCAUUUUUUUUAAGGAGUGUGAUUGUGCUCCACAGAGGUUAGCAGAAAAAAACCAACACUAACCGAAUGCACUUUGGAGCUUUUUUCUCUUUUUUUUAUUUUUUUUAUUUCCCCCUUUUGAAAUAUUUGUUGAAUGCUUCGGUACGAGAGAUUGUUUUUUUGUUGUUGUUGUUGUUGGUUUUGUUUCCCACUGGUUCAGCUCACAAAAUGUUGAAUUAUUUUACUUUUUAAACCCAUUUAAACACUUGAAAAUGUGUGUGUGUGUGCGCACGGGCGCUUGUGUGUUUGUAGGUUUGGAAGGUUGACCGUUGCGGUAGUUGUAAAUAACAGAAUCGAUACAGUCGCCACAACCCUUGAUUGGAUUAUCGGACCGCUAAACUUUAUUGACAAUUAUAAAGUUGUCGUCACAACACAGUUCUUAUUACUUUGUUCCAGUGAUGAAAUAUAAGCUAAAUUCAAUCAAUAAUUUUUUUGCACAUCAGUUUGUCGUGAAUUGUAAGGCAUAUGGUGCUCCUAUAAUGUUGACCGUGUGUGCGUGUGUGCGUGUGUGUGUGUGAGUGGAUGCUGGUUGCUGGAAAGCCAUGACAAUAAAAACCUCUCAACCAUCCCAGUCAA